CUGGAUGUUUAUUUAUUUAAACAAAAACAAAAAGUUAUAAACUAUUUUUUUAGUUUAUAUUAUACUGCAUGCUGUAUUCAUUAGUUAUAUUUAAUCCAUUUUGUAAAACUAAUAUUUCAUUUUACGAAUGGCGUUUUUGGAGCGUCGUCGAUUGAACUUCUUCGAUUUAAAUGAAAAUGCUGAUUCUGGAAGAGUUUCUGAAGCAUUAGGAGAAGCUCAUGUAACCACAACAACCCAUGGAUAUGGUUUUCUCGUAAUUGGAGAUUCAUCUGGUAAUGUUCACCUGAUCUCUAAAAAUUUUGAUAUAAAAACAUUCCGUGCUUAUGAACUAAACAUUUCAUUAGCUGAACAAUGUAAGCUGUCACCGUAUUUAGUUACGAUUGGGGAAGAUGAGAGUGGUAUUAAUCCAGUUCUUAAAUUGUGGCAUAUUGAAAAAUUUGAUAAAAAUGGCAUUCCAGUAUGUUUAAGAAUAAGCCGUGCAUCAAUUCCAUACAAAGCAGAUUUUCAUCCUUCAUGCAUAGCGAUCACAGAUAGCCUGAAUUUCAUGGCGGUUGGGUUUCCCGAUGGUUCUAUUCUUCUUUACCGAGGUGAUGUCAAAAGGGAAAGGACGAGCAAACAGAAGCUAUUGAAAGAUGACCUCUCUAGCAUUACAGGCUUAGCUUUUCACACUUCCGCCAAGACCACUCUUUUAUAUGUUGCAACUGUGAAUAGUAUUGAAAUGUUUGAUGUGACGUACAAAGAUAAGGAAAAGCGUACACAUCUCGAUAAGGAUGGUUGCUCAAUAAGGUGUUCAGUGUUUGUAGAACUCGGACAAGAUGGCCACUUCUUUGUUGCUAAGAAUGAUGCUGUGUACUGUUAUACCAACGGAGAUAAAGGGCCUUGCUAUGCCCUCUAUGGAGAGAAAGUUCAACUCGAGUGGUUUCGAGGCUAUUUAGUGAUAGUUGCAAAAGAUAAUAAGUCUUCUUCAUCUCGCAUUUCUUCUGUGAAAUCAUUAGGGGGUUCCAAUAAGUAUACUCAUGAGUUGACCGUAUUGGAUAGCCAAGACAACAGCUUAACAGUUUUUACUUCACCGGUGCAAGAUGUAUCUUCUUUAUUAGUUGAAUGGGGUUCAUUUUAUAUUUUAGCGACUGAUAAGACAGUAGCUCUAGUCGAAGAGAAGGAUCUUCAGUCAAAAUUGUCCCUUCUUUUUAAAAAGAAUCUUUAUGAUUUAGCAAUUAGAAUAGCUAAAAAUCAACAAUAUGACGCUGAUGGUUUAAUGGAAAUAUUCCGACAGUAUGGCGACCACCUCUACAGUAAAGGUGAUCAUAAAGGAGCCAUUAAUCAGUAUAUUAAAACAAUAGGAAAAUUGGAACCGUCAUACGUUAUUAGAAAAUAUUUAGGUUCUCAGCAAGUUGAAAAUUUGACAACUUAUUUACAAGCUCUUCAUAAAGAGGGAGCUGCAACUGGUGGCCAUACAACAUUGCUGUUGAAUUUUUAUACUAAACUCAACAAACCAGAACUUUUAAAAGAGUUUAUUAUGACGAAAGAUCGUGAGGUAGACUUCGAUGUAGAAGUUGCUAUCGAUGUUUGUCGACACGUUUCGGCUGAAGAUGCUCUUUUACUUGCUGAAAAACAUUCCUUACAUGAUUGGUAUUUAACAAUUCAAAUCGAGGAUCAAAAGAAGUACCAAGCUGCUCUUGAUUACAUUGCUAAACUUGAUUUUGAAAAAGCUGAGGUAAUGAUAAAAAAGUAUGGAAUUACACUCCUUGAAAACAUUCCAGAGGAAACAACUCAUUUCUUGAAAAAGAUAUGCACUGACUAUCAUCCAAGUGAAGAGCCACUUGUUAUUCAGAGUAUGUUGGACGGUUACCCAAAACAAGUGCAACGAUCCUCUCCUGAAGAUUUUAUUCAUUACUUUUUAAAUAAUUCAGAAAAGUUAGUUGAUUUCUUGGAACAUCUUAUUCAGACACCUAUGAAAUGGAGUCCUCAGGUUUAUACCACUUUAUUGGAACAUUACUUGCAAAUAUGGGGAAAUCAAAAUGACCCAAAGCUUGAACAAAAAAUUAUGCAUCUUCUCGAAUCUCAAGAUUCUCCUGUCGACAAACUCCAGGCACUUAUUCUAUGCAAAUAUGCCAAUUUCAAGAAAGGACUUCUUUUCUUAUACGAACUAAAUAAAAUGUAUGAGUCUAUUUUGAAAUAUCAUAUCGCAGCUGGGGAUUUCAAUGCAGUCGUAGUGUGUUGCAGAAGAUUUGAACAUCAAAAGCCUGGUUUAUGGGUUCAGGCCUUGUGGGCUCUCUCCAGCCAGCACCCGGUCCCAUCUAAAGAAUUAUCGGAGAUUCUCCAAGUGAUUGAAAGAAAUAAGCUUCUUCCGCCGAUCUUAGUCAUUGAAGCUCUGAGCAAUACUCCUUCUGUGAAAAUUGGAAACGUCCGGCCUUAUCUGAAGAAAGUAAUCGAAGCAGAAUUAGAAAAGAAGAAUGAACAAACUGCUAACAUUGAAAAAUAUGAUGCUGAAACAAAAGAAGUGAAGAAGAGUAUAGACGAAUUUAAAACAAAACCAGUAAUUUUUCAAGGUUCACGAUGUGGUCUAUGCAAAAAACAGUUAGAAUUACCAUCUGUGCAUUUUCUUUGUCAACAUUCAUUUCAUCAGCACUGUGUUCAGAGUUAUGCUGAAAAUGAUGAUGAAUGCCCUCCAUGUUUAGAAAGAAACAAGCAAACAGUAAGCGCUAUAAAGGCUCAGGAAGAGAACAGGAACUUGCAAGAAGUUUUUCAUAGUCAGUUAGAAGGAGCCGAAGAUGGUUUUUCACUGGCAGCAGAUUAUUUAGGAAAAGUUGUUUUACGAAAGAUGAGCAGUGUCACAAGUGGAUCUGCGAUGUCAAAUAUUGAUACAAAUCUUCAACUAAACAAAUCUUCAAUAACUGAUAAAAAUUCUCGACAGAGAGUAGAAGAAGUUCAGUCACGCUCCAGCAAGGAUUCAUACCAUACAAAACGAGAUUGGAAGAUCGAAGAUACAAAAACUCUUCUUGCAUCCAAUUUAAGGUACCAGGAGGAGUACGCGACCAGAAACGAAGUACCUGAAACUAGAGGGAGAGAUGAGAGAAUCACAUCUGCAGUCACUUCUGCCAAUCCCUUUGGCGAUGAAGAUGAAUCAACUAAUCCUUUUGCCGAUGAUCCAACUAAUCCUUUUAAUGAGGAAUCGUCAAACCCUUUCGAAAGCGAACAAGAUAAUGAAGCUGACGACUAUGAUAAAAAUCUAAAUCCAUUUGCCAAUUAAUGAAAUAUAUUAUUAAAUUCAAUAUUUUUUGGGAAAAAAUAUUGCAAUUUUAACUUCACGGUAUCUGUUUAUAAUAUUACAUAUUUUAUUAUCUUUCAUUUAGAAUAUUACCAGAUUAUAUAUUAUUUUAUAUUUUAACAGUUAAUAUUUCACAACUGUACUGGAUUUUUUUGUUAAAUGCAUAAUUAUCGAUUAAUA